UCUACGACUAAAUUUCAAUGCCACUGCAUUGCCUUUGGUGGGAAUAUCGCCCCUUACAACAUGGCCGCCACGUCGGCACGUUGGUGAACCGGGCAGCAUCCGUUAUGUACGUCAUGUCCGCCCCAAACGCAACUGCGUACUGCAGAGCAGUACGUCCGUUGGAAUCUGAAGUGACGAACGUCUUGGCGCGCACUCGAGCUGCUCCAGCAUCACUUUGCGGCUCAACUUUUACGCAAGGACCACCGCUCCAACAAAUAACACGGGUCGGAGCCACAGCGUGACAUCAAACUGAUUGAUGGAGCGUCUCAGACGCCCGUCCGCCAAGGAACAAGCUUCCCGGCAAGACGGCACCACGCGUCACAACAGCCGAGAACAACAGCGAUGUAACGAAGGGUCCGACUUUGAUUCCACGAAUGGACAGGAUGACAACGAAAGGGGGGUGAGGAAGGAAAUAAGGAGCAAGUACAGAGACCUCAUCGAUUCAGUUCAUCGAAAUAGGGAAGAUUUACUGAGUCCUUCAAACAACAAACUUACAGAGGUUUUGGAAGAGGCGGACAAGCUUUUUGUGAAUGUGCGAGAAACGAGCGAAGCGGUGUUGGAUUCCAAGUUCGUCGUCGUGGCCACAGACCUGAAUGACGAGAAAGCCAGCCAGAUGCGAGAUGAGGACAGUGCUCUUGACUUGACGGCUUUUGCUGAGCACCUUCUUACCUUCAUGGGUCUCAACCGGCUGGAAAGUGACGGGGAAGAGCAGAGCGGAGAUCAAAUCGAUGGCUACUUGCCCAGCGACGCCUGGCAUAGACUGGCCCGGAGAGCUGAGGACUGUUUUAGGACAGCGCCGACCUUCCGCUACAUGUUGGGUUCCUUCCACGCUGAGCCACCCCCUCCAAAGCAACGGAUAGAACGACAAAAGAGACCCCCCGGCAAGGAAGCAAAAAGGAUCAUGCCCACUCAGCUGAAAAAGAUGGAAGAAGCUGAACAAGAAGCCACGGAGAAAGAGGUCGAGAGGAUCCUCGCCUGCCUAAAGCGUUAUCAUCAAGAUGACCCGUCGUCGCCGAUACCGUAUUACGAAUUUGUCAUUGACCCAGACUCCUUUUCACGCACAAUCGAGAAUAUGUUCCACACGUCGUUCCUCAUCAGGGAUGGUUUGGCACAAAUAUGUUUGGAUCAAGACAAGUUGCCUAAUAUAGCUCCGGUGGAGGAGGUGGGGAUGGAAAUACCGGUAGAUGCCGUAGGAUCAGACAACCGUAAUGCAUCUAUUGUUUCAAUCAGCCCAAAGAUCUGGAAGGAGCUCAUCGACACCUUUGACAUCAGGGACGCCAUGAUUCCGCCUUUAAACAAUCAGUGAAGGAACAAACGUGUCACCCGGGACUCAAUGUUGCUUUUUUAUGUUUCUGAUUCGUUUGAAUUGUACAGUUAUUUGGCGAUAAUAUUGUAAAUGUUUUUAUUCCAAUAAUAAAAGACAGAAAACUACAGUGGUCUGGUUUCAUUUGUCAUAAGAAUGUAUGCUAGACAUAAACAUCUAAACUUUAUAUGGGGCUCAUCAGUGGGACUAUGAGUGGCAGGUGUGCACUGACCCCCAUUUUAUAUGCAUUUUAAUGUGACAGGUUACAUCUUGAUUUAUUUUUUCAUAUCCACUGUUUUUCUUACCAAGGAAUAUUUGUGCAUUUCUAUUUGGUUGUUUUUUUUGCAUUUUUUCCAGAUGAUUUUUUUAUUACUGGUUAUAAUACGAAAUACUAAAAUUACAUAUUUGAGGGCUCUCACACAAAAAUAUUUAUUGUUCUAUUCCCCUGAUUUUGGGUUUAAGUUAAUGUUCUUUUUUUUUUUUUUUGCAGUGGCUCCCAAUUUAAAGAUGCUUAGAAAUCUACGAACGAGUGAAACAAAUAAUGUACACACUACGAUAACUACUCGCAAUGACAAAUACUGCCUCAGUACUUGUCGGAGUAGUACAAGUAAAAACUAGAAAUCUGAACACAUUUUUCCUGCUUUUAAUAUGACACCGGAAUUCAGUUGCAGUUUCGGAAUGGCAGCGGUACAAAAAAAAAAUGUUCUGAGA